CGCGAGGGGAAGCGGCGGCGGCGGCGGCAGCGGCUGGAGCGCGAGGCGACGCCAUCGCGGCCCCGACGGGCCCGGGAAGACGCUGGUGGUGGUGGCGGCCGUGGCCGUGGUGGUGGCGGCGGCGGCGGCGGCGCGGGAGGACGGGCCGGCACGGCCCGCGGCAGCUGAGCGAGCCCGGGGCGGGCGCCGGGGGUCGCUGCCGCCGCCGCUGCUCCUGCCGCCGCUGCUGCCGCCGCCCUCCUCCUCCUCCUCCUCCUCCUCAUCUUGCGCCGCCGCCGCCGCCGCCAUUUUGUGAGAGUGCCUCGAGCGGGCGCCAUGUUUGUAAGGAAGAAUUAGGGCAGGCAUCUCCGGCCACCAGCACCUCCCUUCCCCCGUGUGUGUGUCCUCUCGUUCUCCUGUGCCCCGGGGCCUGCUCCUCCGAGCCGCCGCUGCCGCCUCCUCCUCCUCCUCCUCCUGCCCGCGCGGGGCGGCCGCGCUCAGCCCGUGCAGCCUCGCCCUGCACUGAGUGCCCGUUAGUGUCUCACUAAGUAACCGUGAGUGAAACCUUCAUCAUCUCUCCUCACUGAGGGACCCGACCCUCCUCCUCCUCACCGAGCCGCCCCCAGAGCGGCUGUGCGCGCCGCCGCCGCCGCCACCUCCUCCUCCUCCCUCCGCACCACGGGCAGCGGCAGUGUCCUGCCUUCCUCCACCUCCCUCCUCCUCCUCACCACACCACAGCCAGCACAAUGGCCUUUGAAAGCCUGUUCUCCAAACCCCCAAACCCAGUUCUUGACCCAAACAUGCCCGACUCUGACAGGCAACAUGCAGGGGACGAAAGAGAAGAUGGAGAGCUGGAAGAUGGUGAAAUAGAUGAUGCAGCGUAUGAAGAUGUGAAGGAGCAUGGUGCCAAGGGGGAUGAUAAGCAGAAGAACGAAAAAGGGCACCGGAAGUCACGGAAGAAACGCAAAAAAGAGAAAGAAAAGAAGAAAUCCAAAAGGAGAAGACGGGAUAAGCAUAAGCAUAACUCUCCUUCCAGCGACGACAGUUCAGACUACAGCCAUGACUCCGACAUGGAGCGCACAGAAAGGCCACACAAGAAGAGCAGCAGCUCUUCCUACCGAGACUACGAUUCGUCCUUCAACCAGCACGGACACGUGUCAGGAAAUUACAUGAGCUCACAGAAGAUGCAGCAUAAGAAAAAUGUAAAGAGUAAGGAGUAUGAUGACUACAGUCAUUACAGUGAUGAAAACUUUGGCAAUUAUAAUGAGGAGGAAAAGGAUGAAGAUUUUGCUGAUCAGCUUAAACAAUACAGGCAAGCUAAAGAGACUUCCAGUUCUGAUUUGGGACCUCCAUUCCUGAAAGAACCAGUGAAAAAACAGGGGAUGAAAGGGAUCCAGAAAGGUAUUUCCCAAAGAGGCAAUAAUUACAACGUUGGCCGAGGCCGUGGAAUGCAGAAGAAGUUGAAGCGUAAAGAUCGUGGAAGGGGAAGAGGGGGCAAUAAAGGAUCUGAUGGCUUUCAUGAGGACGGCAAACCAGUGAAGAAGUGGGUUAAUAUGAGCCAGGAGUUCAUCAAUCAGCAUACAGUGGAGCACAAAGGCAAACAAAUCUGUAAAUAUUUCCUUGAAGGAAGGUGUAUUAAGGGAGAGCAGUGUAAAUUUGAUCACGACGCAGAGAUUGAAAAGAAGAAGGAAAUCUGCAAGUUUUACAUCCAGGGUUACUGCACCAAAGGAGAGAACUGCAUUUAUUUGCACAAUGAAUUCCCUUGCAAGUUCUACCAUACAGGAGCAAAAUGCUAUCAAGGAGACAAGUGCAAAUUCUCUCAUGCUCCCCUGACUGCAGAAACAAAAGAGCUGUUGGAUAAGGUUCUCAACACUGAGGAGGAGCCACAAAAUGAAGAUGAGAAGGAGCUGGAGGAACUCCGAAAGCGUGGCAUAGUUCCUCUCCCUAAGCCACCUCCCGGUGUUGGCCUUCUGCCCACCCCUCCAGAGCAAUAUCCGUUCUCUGAGUCUGACAUAGAGAAUUACCAAGAUCCUUCAGGGGACUAUAAGAAAAUCCCAUCUCUCUUUGAAAUAGUGGUGAAGCCUACUGUGGAUUUAGCACACAAGAUCGGGAAGAAGCCGCCCACCUUCUACAACAGCGGCUCACCUCCCAGGCCACCGUUCCAGGGCAACGACCCGCACUCCCAGCACAUGUACAACCCGGGUUCCAGCCCGGGGCCGGGCCCUGGCAUGCCCCAGGGACACAACGGGCCCCCCAUGCACCCGGGCUCCCCGGGGCAUCACCCGUGCGGGGGGCCGCAGGGCCCGGGCAUGCCGCAGAGCCCUCCCAUGCAGGGCGUCCCGCCGGGCUUCCUGGGGCCCCAGAACCAGGCUGCUCUGCCCAUGCAGGGACAGCAAGGGGGGCCGCCUCUCACGCCACCGGGGCUGGGUGCGUCCUACAACGCGCCAGGAGUCCAAGGACACAUGGUGAACGUGCCCCGAGAGAACCACUGCGCCCCGGGGCCACAGUACCAGCAGCUGCCCGGGGAGCGGCAGCCCAACAUGAGCUACGAGCCCAUGCAGAACCCAGCUGAUUUCUAUGACAACUACUACUCUCACCAAGCCGUGCAUAACUUCCAGCCAGCUAACAACUCUGGUGAUGGAACAUGGCACGGAGAGUUUGGAGACCACCAGGCUCACCUCAUGGCUCAAGAGUCGCAUCAGGGCGGCAGCGAGCCGGACUGCAUGAGCAGCCACAUGGGCCAUAAAGCAGCCAUUAACGUGCCAGAUUUCCUGCCAGCGAUGCAGAAGGCUCUCUAUGCACGGCUCAGUCAGAAGCAUCAGAGAGACGGAGACUCUGUCAGCAGCCAGGGGCAGAGGGCGAUGAGCAAAGACGAAGACGACAAUGUCAACUGGUACUCCAGCAGCGAGGAGGAGGAGGGCAGCAGCGUUAAAUCCAUCCUGAAAACCUUAAAGAAGCAAAGCGAAAGCUUUCGGAGCCGGCAGCAGCACUCGGCAGAGCAGCACCUGCUGGGCAUGCCCACCGACCCCAGGCUGGCCAAGGACAAGGCGCCCGCCAGCGCCGACCCCAGGCUGCGCGCCUCGCCCAGGGCCAACCCCAGGAAGCCCCCCGAGGCGGCGGGCCUGGACCCCCGGCUGGCCCGGGACCCCAGGGUGCACAAGGGCGGCGAGGGCGGCCACGGCGGCUCGGCGCUGGCGGCAGCCAAGCCGGACCCGCACCACGCCAAGCCGAAGCAGAAGGGGCUGGAGGAUGACGAGGAGGACUCGGAGAGGGAGCUGAGAGAGCGGGCGUUCCUCAUCCCCCUGGAGCCCAUGCCCGGCGUGACGCUGAGGGACCCCCGCUCCCAGCUCCGCCAGUUCAGCCACAUUAAGAUGGACGUCACCCUGAUGAAGCCCAACUUCGCCAAGCACAUCGUGUGGGCGCCCGAGGACCUGCUCCCCAUCCCUCUGCCCAAGCCCGACCCCGUCUCUUCCAUCAACUUGCCUCUCCCUCCGCUCAUCGCCGACCAGAGACUGAACAAGCUGCGGCAGCUGAAGGGCGACGCGCACGCCGCCGCCGCGCCGGCCGACCCGCGCCUGGCCGCCAAGGCCAAGAACAACCUCCUGGCCAGGCCGGGCUACCUGGAGCCCGCCGGGGAUCCCCACGCCGGCAGCUCCGGCAAGUUGGGAGACCCCCGCCUGCAGAAGAACGUGGACCCCAGGCUGCACAGACUGUCCGGCGCCGACGCGCAUCACGGGGCCGCCAAGGAGCCCCACCCGGCCAAGUUCGACCCGCGCCUGGCCCGAGCCGCGGCCGCCGCCGGCUCCUCGCAGCCCGCCGACGCCGCCAAAGCCGAGCCGGACGCCCUGCCGCCCUACGCCCCCAAGCUGGCGUCCGGCGGGGGCAGGCUGGGCGCCCCGGGCUCCAUCCUGAGCGGGAUCAGCCUGUACGACCCGAGGGAUCCCGGCUCGGCGGCGGAGCCGCCCGCGGCCGGCGCGGGGGACAGCGGGGACAGCCAGAAAAAAAGCAUCCUGAAAAACGCGGCCAAGAGCGAAGCGUGUCCCGCGGAGGAGCCGGCGCCGCACAAAGCCGCGCCCGGCGCCGAGAGGAGCGCGGAGGGCUCGGCGGAGGGCGCGGCGGAGAGAGCGGCGGGCGGCAAAGCCCCGGGCAAGGCCGCCAGCGCCGCGCCCGCCAGCGCCGCGCCCGCCGUGCACAACCUGCCCAUCCAGGCGCUGUCGGGGCUGAUCCGGCCGCAGUACGGCGAGGCGCGGCAGGGCCGGCCCCCGGGGCAGCCCGCGCAGCCCCACGACGGCGGCGGCGAGCCCGGCCCGGCCCCCGGCGCCGCCCCCGACACGGAUGACAAGUCCUUGAAAGAGGUGUUCAAGACAUUCGACCCGACGGCGUCGCCGUUUUGUUAGCGGCCGGUUUUUUAAGCCGCUGCGGGUCUCGCAGUUCUCGGCUGGUUUUGUAACUGGUUUGUAACUGGUUUGUAACUGGUUUACCUCUCUCUGCUUUAUUUAUUUGUAAGUUAUGAUUACCGACACUGCCCAGCUGCUACCCCGGGCCCACGGGCAGCCCUGCAGUACGCUAGAGUGUUUGCAAAGCUGUGCUGUUUUCUAUAGGAUACUCCUUGUUUUGCCGAUUUCAGGGAGAAUAAGGGUCGACAUAGAUCCCUCCCCCUCCCCUCCGCCCCCCUGCUAUCGUGGUAGAGCUGAUGGAGCACUUUCAUUGUACAUAAGCCAUUAAGGAAAGCCCCUCCCUCACGCCCGUUGUAUAUGUGCGAGCCGCCUCUUUCCGAAGCGAUUUAGAGCUGCCCGUGUCCCCCUUUGUACGACUGUAUAGAUCCAAGCAAUAUGAUGUACAUUAACUGUGAGCCGGGGCCGUUUGGCAGGGACUUGGUGCAUCCAAGCCACAGCUCCUGACGGCUGGGUUGCAAAGCGAGUUGUGGGGGAAGCCUGGCCCCUCCUGGCCAGCCCAGGCCGUGUCACAGCGCUGGCAGUUUUUACCCACCCCCCGUCGAUAACGGAGUGUGAGAGAGACCCUCGAGGCAUCCCGAGGAUCACAAAUGGCAUAUCUUUUAAGAGUAUUUUAUCCUAUGCUGUACAUAGAAGAAAUUGUGAAGUACAUAGAGGAAAGUCACUGUUCAAAGUGGAGGAAUUAAGUUGUCCAAUACAACAAUAAGGAUGAAACAGACACACCCCCCCUCCCCUCCCCUGACCCCGAGGUUUUUAUUUAAUGGGUUUUUUUCCACGCAUCCACGCCCCUGGUUUAGUGCUCUGAAGUUACCUUGUGGUGUUUCAUGUAUUUCAAUGUAUUUUUGUAUUCAGCUGCUUAAUUUGUAUUGCUUUUUUUUGUAUGGAUGUAACUGCAGUACUUGUAUUCAUGGUGUCUCUACGACAUUUUUAACAAAAGAGAUUAAAAAGGGUACAGUGAAA